AGAGUUGAAGAAGAAGAAGAAGAAUUCCGGCGAUCUUAUACUCAUGGAUUCUUGUCGGAGUUCCAUUGGUGUAUGUUCGAUCGAGGAGAAGCGAAUGCUGGAAUUAAAGAGUUUACUUAACUGGUUGACGCAACGCAAUUUUGACAAGAUCAAGGAUGAGAUUGUUCAUACAAUAAGAUCAUCUCCAUCUGCUUUUAUCUUGAAGACUCUAGUGUCUUGCGUUUUCGAGAUGGCAAUGGUGGAAAAUUCCUAUGUAUUAUUCGCUCGUUUAUGCGUAGAGCUUUUUCACGAGCUUCCUCCUCUUCCAUCAGAUGAAUCUCACGGCGAUAUUACAACUUUUGAGAGACUAUUUUUGCGCAAAUGCCGAAUUGAGCUUGAAAACUCAUACCCCAAAACAGAACAUUUACCACUUGUUUAUGUUGAUGAAUCAAACUGUUACAGAUUCAUCAAAACCGUAAGGGUUUUAGGUGAAGUUUUCAAGAAUAAGAAGAUCACUGAAACAACCCGGAAAAGCAUAAUUCAGGUGCUUAUGAAUCCCAUCUUACCACCUGAGAGGAUCACUGAUGCGAUGAAUUUAUUUCUGUCCACCAUUGGAAAACUAGCUGACUUCCAUUUUUCUGAUGAAAAUUUCAAUCAGCUAAUUCGAAGUUCUCGGGCUGUAGAGUUAGAGAGAAAUUACAAUGACGAAGUAAAGCUUAGGAAAGAAGCAGAAGAUGCACUUGUUCGAAAAAAGGAAGAAGUAGAGAUGAUGGAAGGGUUACUUGAGUCUUACAAGGAAGAACAAGGUAAAUUGCAACUUCAAGCUAAAGCCUUGGAGCACAAGCAUGAAGCAGAGUUGAGGCAUAGGAAAGAAACUGAAACCUUGCUUGCCAUAGAACGGGAGAGGUUAGAGAAGGUAAAGAUUCAACUGGAAACUGUUGAAAAUGAAAUGGAUGAUACGCGUUUGAAGGCUGAGGAGUUCGAAAGAAAGUACGAGGGUGAGAUGAUUCUCAGGAUAGGAUCCGAAAAUGCGCUGGUUAGAGAAAAGAAAGAGUUGGAAGAAGUAAAGCUACUGCUUGAAACCUACAAAACAGAGCAAGAGAGUCUGACCUCAGAGGAGGUCAUGAAUGAUCCACACUUUGCUGCCGAUGGAUUCACAUACGAAGCAGAAUCUAUUAGGAAAUGGUUUAGAUCAGGUCACCAGACGUCUCCGAUGACAAAUCUCCAACUUCCACAUCUCACUCUUGUCCCUAACCGUGCUCUCCGGAAUGCGAUUGAGGAGUUGUUUACUCAACUGGUUGACAUCGACAAGAUCAUCAAGGAUGAGAUUGUUCAUACAAUAGGAUCAUCUCCCUCGGCUGUUAUCUUGAAGGUUACUCUCUAUUGUCUUGCGUUUUUGGAUAUGGAAUCCUAUGUAGCUCGUAUAUGCGUAGAGCUUUUUCACGAGCUUCCCCAUCUUCCAUCAGAUGAAUCUCAGUCCGAAAAUACAACUCUUGAGAGAAAGUUUUUGCGUAAAUCCCAAAUAGAGCAUGGAAACUCAUCCCCCAAAAGAGAACCACUACCACAUGUUUAUGUCGAUGAAUCAAAUCAUUGGAGAUUCAUCAAAACCGUUAGGGUUUUGGCUGAAGAUUUCAAGGAUAAGAAGAUCACAGAAACAAGUAUAAUUCAGGCUAUCGAGUUGGAGAAUAAGUACAAUGACAAAUUCGAAGUCAAGCUUAGGGAAGGAGAAGAUGCACUUGCUAGAAAAAAGGAAGAAGUAGAGAUGAUGGAACGUUUACUUGAGUCUUACAAGGAAGAACAAGGUAAAUUGCAACUUCAAGUUAAAGCCUUGGAGCACAAACAUGAAGCAGAGUUGCAGCUUAUGAAAGAAACUGAAAUCGCAUUAGCCAUAGAACGUGACUAUAUGCGUUGGAAGGCUGAGUAUUUCGAGAGCGAAUACAACGACGAACUGGCACGCAGGAGAGAAGACGUGAAAGCGUUGGAGGGUUUAAAGCAACUGCUUGAAACUGUAAUAAUAGAAAAAAAGAACCUGAAUUCACAGGUCAUAACAUGGCAAGACAAGUACGACCAAGAGUCAAUUAUUAGAAAGAAAACAGAGGAUUCUCUUUCUACUAAAAAACUAGCGCUCAAGAUUGUCAAAGGUUUUGUCGAAUCGUACAAACAAGAAACAGAUGCGAUGCGACAAGAGAAGGACAAUGCUCUUAAAACAGCACAAGAGACAGAUGUCAUGGAAGAUCCACACAUGGCUGCCGAUGGAUUCACAUACGAAUUAGUAGCUAUUAAGAAAUGGAUUAGCACAGGUCACAAGACGUCGCCGAUGACAAAUCUCAAACUGUCACAUCUCAACCUUGUCCCUAACCGUGCUCUCUUCUCUGCGAUUCAGGAGUUGCUUUGAUUCUUCUUGUUUAGCUAACUGGUUCACUCUGUAAGUACCAAGUUGAUAUUGGGCCUAUGAUGGCCUGUUUAUGAGUCUUACUUCAAUUUGUGAUCGAUUGUAUUCUAAACCUCUUUUUCGAAUAGGAUACUCAUAACCGGACCUUGUUUUCUUUUAUAAAAUAUCCGAAAAUAA